AUGCUGGCUCUUCGUGACCAGGAGAACCUGGUAAACACCCACCAGACUGCCGCCGCGGCGAAACCCUUGAAUCAGGGUAUCAACAAAAUACCGCCAAAGACUCCGGGAAAGUCGGUGCCGCUUAACGACGAGAACAACCCUCGCGCAUUUGGGAAGGGCACUAUCAAGGGCAAUAAGAGUCGUCAGGAAAAUGGCAAACCGGCAUUGAACGCGUUCGUCACGCCUGGAGAGACGAAACACCGUGCUGUUCUCGGUAACAAGACCACCAAUCUCAAGACCAAUGCGUUCAAGACUCCCGGUCCCUUUGGAGGAACAUCCAAGCCGGAGAAGACCAACCGAAGAACCUCGACCGUGCAGAGAAUCAAGAAGGCUGCUCCCGUCACUCAGCAAGCCCAGACCAAGGUGUAUUCCGAGGCUGCUCAGGAUGAUGUGCCGGACAUUGAAUACAUGCCGCCGAAGCCUACAGCUCUCUUGGACGAACCCGAUGAUGUCACAUACGAUACUACAUUCCCGCAAUUCAAACCGCAGAACCGCGCUCUCGGGCUCGAGAGUGUCUAUGGGAAGCAGGAGAUUGGCAGUGAUGGCCUGACCAAGAGACAGCGAAAGUUCCAGGAAGACUCUGUCAAAUGCGACAACAUGAUCAAUGAGACGAUCAUGAAACAGCUGGACAGCAUUGGUUUCACUGAGCGCACCGAAGAUGUAACACCCAGAGCCCCCAAGCCACGACUGCAACCCACCCACCGCAAGGCUCCUUCCACCGGCAUGCGCCCGACUCGACAAGUUCCUACCAUUCGAUCCCGCGAGGCCGCCGCAGCACUUGCCGCCCCGAGGCCCAGUUCCGCUCCUAGCAGAGCUGCUGCUGUCCCCAAGUCCCGAGUAGCGUCUGCAGCGUCUGCUUUGAUGCAGAAGAAAACCCGAGUGCCGACCAAUCCAUCUUCCAUGCGCAGCACUGCUGCUGCGGUCACCUCUAACACGACUGUCGGAUUCUCCAAGGGUCGCAGUGUCUCAACAACCCUCCGUGAAACUGCUUCCGCACAGAAAGCCGCCAACACUGAGGCUUUGCUGUCCCCCGAGACCUACAUGCAGCUCUACGGCAUGCCGCCGCUGGACUCUGAGAUGUGGAUUCGCUGCAAGGCUGCUGGCUGCUUUGACACCGCGGAAGAGAGUGCUGCUCCUCAAGAAUUUGAGGAACAGCUGCCGACUUUCGAGGAGGACGCAGAGGAGGAUAACUUCCAGCUCACGCUGUAA